AUGUAUCUCGCCAAUUCCUUUCGCUCGCCCGAACACCAUAGCGUUGAAAACCAUCGACAGGGCAGUCAUUUUCACAAGGACACAAACAUACUGCUUCUCCUACUCUCUCUUUUUUUCUCUCUAUCUCUCAUUUCUCACUCACUCGCUCACACAGGGCAGACUCACUCACUCACUUAUAUGUUCUUUCUAUGUCACGCACACACUCUCUGUCGCUCACAUAUGCACACUAUUUCUGUCUCAUUCAUACGCUUUCUCCUUCUUGCGCUCUCUCACUGUUUCACACUUUUCUCUCUUGUAUACUCUUUCCCUCUCUUGCACUCUCUUUCUCUCUCACAUAUUCUCUCUAAUCUUUCUCAUAUACGCACUUGCAUGCUCUCUCUCUCUCUCUCUCUCUCUCUCUCUCUCUCUCUCUCUCUUUCAUAUACACACACAUAUGCACACAAAUGUGCACACCACCAUACCACUAGUCUUUCUUUACAUAUUCGCUAA